CGGGCGCGGGGCGUACCUCUCCCUCCUUCACCCUGGGGCCGGUCUCGGUCUCGCCCGCCGUGCCCUGAGGGCGAUGCGGGGGAGAAGCGGCCGCCGCGGGCUGUCGCCGACAGGGCUGGGCUGCGGGGGCGCCCCUCGCGUCGCGACCCGCAGAAGCGGGCGGGCAGGGCCGCCCCGGCAAUGUCAGGCCGGACGGGAGUCCCUGUGGCUGAGCUAAGGAGUAGGGACAACGCCUGUACUUCAGUCGCGAUCGAGUUUUAGCAGCGCUAUUUAAUUCCUAGAGGAAGGAGGCACUUCGCUUCUGUUUUAAAUCCUUCUCUGUGAAGCAGUUCAGGUACGAGCGUGCCCUCGGCCUGUGCUCCGUGGACACUGGCGGAUUUUGCACAGGCCCGGCUGCCCCGGGCUCUGCCUGCGACCUGGUGCCUUUCCCCUGCCGGGGGAGCCAUAGCUAUGAAAGUUCUGCAGCCGUCGUAGGGUUCAUGGUGUGUGCCGCCCCCCGUUGUGGUGCUCCUCAGCUCUCCAUGGGGUUGUAAUUGUAAACAAAGGAAAAAUAACGGGGUUUUCAGCAUUGAGCCGAUGUGAUGGGGCCAAGCCAGACAGCUAUGUCUGAUGCUACGUUUGCAUUCACUGCCCAGCUACACAGGAAUGAGACAGAGGCUUUACAAACACAGCUCCAGUUUAAUAGAAAUGUUCCUGCGCUUCCAGAGAACUUGGCUCUCAGAUUAUCUAAUCCCCGUCCAAUUGUAAUAGAAAAACUGAAGGCAUGCAAUGAUAAGAGAAAUCUAGCUGUAAGUGAGGACCCCAGCAUAAGAAGCUCUGGCAUGUUUUCAGUGGUAUCUGAGGAGAGACUAAAAUUGGCUAUUCAACUAGCCAAAAGGGACAUAAAACGAAGACAUCUUGAAGAGCAAGUGUUUGGAGAUGCUGUCAAUAAACCAUUGCUGGUCCAGAAGUCACACCAGCACAUGACUAAAGUAUUCACAAAUCCAGAAAAUAAAAAUGCACUGAAGUCUCAAACUCUUUCGAAAUAUCAGCAGAAACUCAGUCAGCCUUCUAAACUGGAAACUACCGCCUCUGGCGCUAAAGUUUUUCUUUACACAGCAAAUGAGGGAAAGGUAAUACCAGCUGUUUUGGACUCUCCACCCACCCAUGACACAGGACCAGACCCCAAGCCAAAUGUGAACAAAAAAGAAGGUAAAACUAUGCAGGAAGUCCGGCGGCUGCAAAAAGAAUUGAGGAACUAUGUCCAGAAAAUUGAAGAACUGACUAAAAAAGGGAAAGAGAGAAAAAUUUUAGAUCCUGAUGAAGAGCAACGAGUUUGUAUUAGGAGACAGAAGCAAGCUGCACGGUCAGCUCGGAUGCUGUAUGCACUCCAGCAACAGGUAAAAGAAAUUCAGGAUGAUUUAGAGAAACUGAGUCCUCAUAAAAUCAAACAUACUAAAAAGUCUCGAGCUGUAUCCAGAUUGGCAGCAGCACACAGAGGAGCUGUACGAGCCUUGCAGGCAUUUGCCAAUCAGUUUACAGAUCAAACAGAGCAGCAGAUUCCUACCCACUACAAGGAACUGGGCAGUCUCAUUCGACAACUGUCUCUCUGUUCUGCCAAGCUAGAAGUGGAUUCUUCCAUUUCUGACAUUAUCAUAGAUGUUUUAUUGCAAGUUGAGGAUCUGGAUGCACUGCUGGAAAAGAAACGAACACCCCAAAAAGUGAAGAAAUGUAUUACAGCAUCUGACAGCAAAUCUCCAAGGAACACUAAGAUGUUUCCAGCCAGAAAACAGAUUAUAUCUCCAAAAGGAGAAAACAAACUUCUCAUUUUAAAGGGACAGCAUGGGCAAGAACCUAGAAAACCUCCAGCUGCCAGGAGUCUCCUGACUGCAGUUCAGAAGGCAAACAGUUGUACUUAUACACAGCACAAUAAAUUCGGAGAAGAAAAUGACCCACCUACUCCAGAGAGAAAUGCCACUUUACAAGAAAGCGUAGAUGCAUUGGUGCAACCUAGAGCUGUAAAAAAAGAUCCCAUCCUUGAAAGUGGCCCUUUGAAGAAGAAAAGCAUGUUAUUACCUGCAAGAUCACAGGGAAUGCCAAAAUCUUUAAAAUCAAGACGGGUACAGCCUCAAGGAAAGCAUGCCCGAUUUCAAGAGACAACUAUAGCUUUCCAGCUAAAGGAGAACAAACAACCUGUUAAGGAGAGCAGAAUACCCUGCGUGCCUCCAAACACUACCUCUCCACAUGUUUCACCUAGGCGACUUCCAUGGCUUGAAGCAGAAACUUCAAAAAGAGUGAAGGUUUUAGCUGACCUUAGCAGAGGAGAAAUUAAAGAAAUACAAAAAUUAAGGUCACAAAGUACUUCUCCAACCCAGUACGCAGACAAAGAUGAGAAGGCAGUAUGGGAAUGUUCAGAACCUCUGUUAGACAGGACACAGAAGGUCAAUCUUUCCUUGGAAACAAACUGUCAUGUGAAGGAUUCUUCAUUUUUAACCCACCUUUCAACUCAUGCAACUGAGAAGCAGGUUGCAGAAAAUGCAGAUAUUCUGAGUGAUAAGCUAUUGGAUGAUCUUUUGGAAGAUACUGCUCAGGAGCUGUGGGGUAUGGAGCAGCGUGGCAGGCUCCAGACUGAGGCUCUGCCUGUGGCUGACACUCAUAGUCUGGAGUCAAUGUUACAAAGAAUGGAAGAAAUUGAAAGAUACCAGGAGGCUGUACGCAGGAGAUUCACACAUAUUGCAUACAGUGAUUCAGAGUUCUGGACCCAGGAAGACAAACUGGAACAACAAAUUGCAUCAGUAGCUACAAUACCUACAUCUCCUCAUCCAAUUCAGAUAACCAAAUUAAUUGGACACGCAGAGCCGGAAAUGGACUUUUUAUUUGAAAAACGUUUUGAUGGCAAUGAUAUUGAUGAAAACAAAGAAGCAGAGGAGAAGCUGCAGACUAGAAAUUACAUUCUGCAGCAAUUGACUCGGAAUUCUCUACAGAAAGAGUGCUAUGUAUCUCUCUCUGUGCCAAAGCAUAUGCUCCAGAGCGUCUUGGAUUAUAACAGCAGAUACAAGCAUCACUUAAAGCUUAUUUCCCAUGAGGCAGUAGGCAGUUUCAAUCCAUGGCAGAUUGCUGAGAGUCUUGCAGAGCAACUAACAGAAGAAGCCCUAUGUGAUGUGGCAGCAGAGCUGCAGGAUGUUUGUGAGGAUUAUGCAGAAGCUGUGUUCACGUCCGAGUUUUUGCAGCCUGUGCAAUAAAUGCUUUCAAAUCUGCCCCAUUAGCAAAUGCGAUGUCAGCCUCAGCCUUAACAGUCUUAUCUGAUUAUAUAAUUUUCCAUGCGUUUUUUUUUUAAAGUCUGUGAGAUUCUGUCCACCAAGUGAAUUAAGUCCAUCAAGGAUUCAUCUCAGAUUUUUGUAAAGCCAUUAUCAUAACGUUUUCCUUUUCAGACUUUAUUAUACUGCAUUCAUCCAGACGUUUUUUAGCCAGUGUUUCAAUAGAAUGAAAUAAACUGUUACAGGUAAAGUUUAUGUAUUUUGAUAGGAGUACCAAUCCAUUUGUAUACCUGCAUUACUUCAUCCAUUUUUAUGUGUGAUCAUCUUACUAGACUGGGAGGGGGACUGGGUUCGAGCACUGUCACGAACAGUUCAAGCAGGCUGUUGACCUAUGAGUACAGCCAAUGUCUGUGCCAUGAGAAUCCUUCCUUUGGGUAGCGACAUCCCCAAGUCUGAAUGUAGCACCUCUUCUGUUCGAUUCUGAAUAUCACUAGUACAUCAUGCAUGGACAAAGGAGACUUUUCAAUAUAAACGCAUCAUGGAGAUUUCCUUUCUUUUUAAAGUACUCUAAAAUACUAUGAUUUUAUCCGCAUUUAGUGGUCCAACCCCAUGUUCCUUGCUCUUAAGAAUCUCGUUGAAAUAAAGAACAAUAAAAUAAAUGAACAACUGGGAAUUCUGCGAUGUUGACUUCUUUGUUUCAAGUAAUCAGUGUACUAGUUUCAGCUAUGCCUGGAGCCAGCAAUGAGUAAGAAGUAUUUAUGGUAGUAUUCUAGGGAAAUGCAAAUCCAACCCUUGAGGUAACCCAAAAUCCCAUGUAACAGUCUGUUUCCUUUAACUUAUUUCUUUUUCCCAAUAGUGUUUGCCCUAUAACAGAAUAAUUUUUAACCUUCUAAGAUUAUUUUUAUUUUCUCUUAUUAGAACAUACAUUUUAAAAAUAAUUAUUUUAUUGAAGGAUGGUUUACUGUUUUGUCUUGAAAUUUACACCAAAUGUAACGAUGUAAGUGUUAUUGCUGAUGUGUGACUUUGCUGAUGUGUGAUUUCUGUAAUUUAAAACACUAUUUAAAGCACUUAUCUUUUUAAUUUCCAAGAUUAUACAGAUAAGCCUGGUUUUAAGUCCAAAAGAUUAAAUCCAUAGUGUCUGUG